GCGACGCAGUACCGUCGGAUGAGGAGCGCGAGCACCUGCCAGCGAAGAGGCGUAAGGUGCUGCCUUACGCCUGCGACCCGUCCGCGACGUCGGACAGUAAUGAAACUUCAACGGAGCCAGCAGCGGAGUCCUCGCCAGACGCUCUGCCGCGAAGUGACAGGCGGCGGCUACUCAACACACGCUGGUGCUGCUGCGAAUCCCGGUGUGGCACCAUGUCCACACCAGUGGAAAGUGUGUGCUGCAAGGAGCAGUGCAAGGUCAAAGAGAAGGCUGGGAGCCUUCCCUGCAUCACGGCACACAGGCUCUUCGAGCUGUACUGCCUGGACAGGGAUAUCCUGGACUUAGAGUACAGGAAGCUGAGAGUCUGCCGGCCUCUCAGCACAAGAAACAUAAAGGAGAUAAAUGCUAAGUACAGGUACACGGCAUACUGCCAAUUUGUUUGGUGGAUACACGGAAGGCUCGGAAAGGAGAACCGGGUCACCUUGCCCAGCUGCGUGGUGACCAGGGUCCGCAAAGAGUUCCCCGCCCCGAACCCUGCAGACUACACGGGCUUCAAGCAGUCAAAGUGCUGAGUCUCCGUGCUGGCACCUUGGAUACAGGGGGUCGGCAUGUUCGUGCAAGUCAGCCACGUGUCCCACCAGGGAAGUCCACUUAGGAAGGAUCUCCU